AUAACUUCAUAUAAUUACAAUAAAUUGCACUCGUCAUUUUAAUAUCAAUAUAAACAUUUUUUAUUUGUGGACUGUGUUACGGUCUUACAGACGCAAUCCCACAAAAACAUUUGCAAGAGACGCAGAAUAAAUAUUCUUAAUUUGUGUUAUUAUGAUGGACUUGUUAACACGGUUAUAGAUAUUAUAGUGCUUGUUAACCAUCGUCAUCAAUACUUAUUAUCAAUUUUAACGUUAUCAAAAUUGGUCCAACUGUUUAUCAAAUUGUUUGCGAUGGCGGGAUCUGCUCUGAGACGACUUAUGGCUGAAUAUAAACAGCUGACAUUAAAUCCACCAGAAGGGAUCAUUGCUGGACCAACCACUGAAGAAAAUUAUUUUGAGUGGGAAGCAUUAAUUACUGGGCCAGAAGGUACAUGUUUUGAAGGUGGUGUUUUUCCGGCUAAGCUUAUAUUUCCACCUGACUAUCCACUGAGUCCACCAAAAAUGAGUUUUACUUGUGAUAUGUUUCAUCCAAACAUUUAUUCAGAUGGGCGUGUAUGUAUUUCAAUUCUCCACGCACCUGGGGAUGACCCUAUGGGCUAUGAAUCUAGUAAUGAAAGAUGGAGUCCUGUACAGAGCGUUGAAAAAAUUCUUCUAUCUGUUAUUAGUAUGCUUGCUGAGCCGAAUGACGAAAGUGGGGCAAAUGUCGAUGCGGCUAAAAUGUGGCGUGAGAAUCGUGAAGAAUUUAAUAAAAUAGCUGAAGAGUUGGUUAGGAAAACUUUAGGAAUACCACCUAGUGAAUGAGGUCAAGUAGGUAAAAUAAUUUAAGUGAAACAUUUGGCUAGCUAUGAACAAUAAUAUUUGAAUAAUCACAUGUAUAUACACUAU